GUUGAGCUGGCCAACCUCACCCUCUUCUCAAUCGUGCAAAAGCAUCUCCAAUAUGAACUACGAUUCCCUGGUCGAGGCCGUCGUCGAUGGCGGCUAUCUCCCCGAGUUCCUGCUCCGAAGAGGGAUACGCGGCCAGCUUCAACAGCGCAUCAACCUCAUCAGGACCACAAGUCUAGCAGAGAGCUAUGAGACCAAGAUGAAAUAUGUCGAACUAUUACGGAGUCGGCCAAUCGCGAUUGAGACCGCUACGGCAAACCAGCAGCAUUAUGAAGUCGGAACUGGCGUGUUGACCGGCAUGCUCGGGCCUCGAAUGAAGUACAGUUCUUGCCUCUAUCAUAAGGGUACGGAGUCUCUGGCGCAAGCUGAGAUUGCCAUGCUUGAAAGUUAUGUGGAAAAGGCGCAUCUGAAGGACGGCAUGCGGAUUUUUGAUCUCGGUUGCGGAUGGGGCUCUCUAUCUCUCUAUCUGGCCGAAAUCUUCCCCAACUCAAAAGUAACAGGCUUCUCGAAUUCGCGAACACAAAAAGAGCACAUCGACUCUCAAGCGAAGCAAAAGAAGCUCUCAAAUCUCGAAAUCGUGACAGGCGACAUCUCUACAUACGACUUCUCAGGCACUUCCCUCGAAGGCCAAUUCGAUCGCGUCCUCUCAAUCGAACUUUUCGAACACAUGAAAAACUACGAACUCCUCCUCGCCAAAGUUUCAACUCUCCUCAAACCAGCCGGCAAACUCUUCGUCCACAUCUUCGCAAACAAGGACUCACCUUACGAUUUCGAGUCAGGCUGGAUGACAGACCACUUCUUUACUGGUGGCACAAUGCCUUCUGCCGAUUUGCUGCAUUUUUUCCAACGCGAUCUCAGGCUAGAGAGACAGUGGUGGGUGAGCGGGAAACACUAUGCAAAGACUUGCGAGGACUGGCUUAAGACUAUGAAUGCGAAUAAGAAGCAAAUAUGGCCGCACCUGGAAGAGACUUAUGGGAAGCAAGAUACUGCGAAGUGGUUCUAUAGGUGGCAAGUGUUCUAUCUGGCUUGUGCUGAACUUUUCGCGUGGAACGGAGGCGAGGAGUGGGGUGUGUGCCACUAUCUAUUCGAGAAGCCCAAGAAUUGAGCUUCCGAAAUAGACUCGCGUGGAGUUUGGUUGCGAUAUCACCAGACGGUUGCAGUGCAGUACUGUGUAAAAGAUGAUACGAAGGCAAAUAGACAUAAAGUAGUUGGCAUCUGAUGAGUUCGACAACAUAUUCCAUUCUCCUUCCGUAUCCCCAGGGGCUCCUCGUUGAGGGUAUAAUUGUAAGCAACUG